CAUUGUAGGACCCCAGUAAUUCGGAAACUACUUGCGACAGAAGUUAUCAAUACGAAAAGUGAGCAAAUUUUGGAAGAUUUUAGCCUCGUUGUAAAGAGAGAUAAGCACUAUGUCCUUUGGUGAAUAUAGUACAAACUCCAGCACAGGAGCAAAGGGUGGAUCCACGGAAUAUAACAGACUCUGUAGCUGUGUUAGCAAUAAUAUUCAAGCAAUCAACAAGAAUGUCACAACAAUUCAGAAGCUUGUGGACAAGCUUGGCACUUCAGAGGAUAAAUCACAGCUGCAGAGCAAACUACAACAAACAGAACAAGCCACUCAAAGACUUGCCAAGGAAACUCACUCCUACUUGAAGCAGCUUCCUCAUCUUUAUGGAGAAUCACCAGCUGAAAUACGUCAAAGGAAAAUACAAGUGGAGAAGUUAACAGACAACUUCUCAACUGCCUUGAACAAAUUUCAGGAAUUACAGAGGACUGCAGCAGAAAAGGAGAAAGCAUCUGUUUCACGUGCAAGGUCAAUGUCAGCAGGAAUGCCAACUCCAAGUCCAAUGGGUGGAUAUAAUGAUGAGCAUAGCUCGACUUCAAAUGAUAGAACUGGUGGUGGAUUCCAGGUACAAGCAGAAGAGGAGGUCUCUGUGGAAUUGAUAGAGGAGAGGGAAAGAGCCAUUAGACAGCUGGAGGCUGAUAUUGUUGGUGUCAAUGAAAUUUUCAGAGAUCUUGCCACUAUGGUCUACGAGCAGGGUGACAUGAUUGAUAGCAUUGAGGCGAAUGUAGACAGUGCUGCAGUUCAUGUUGAGGAUGGCAAUGUCCAGCUACAGAAAGCUAGUAACUAUCAGAAAGCAGCAAGGAAGAAGAUAUGCUGUAUCCUAGUUAUUUUGGUUGUUGUUGCAGGUGCCUUGGGUCUUAUCAUUUGGCUGUCAACAAAGAAUUAAUAUUAAUAGCAUUAGUAAAUGAGGUCGCUCUAAGCUUAAAAGGAAAGUUUUCAAAUAGAAGUAAACCAUUUAGCUCCUAACACAUUACUAUUGAAUACAAACAAUAGGAGUCAGAACGUAAGACACUCCAGGAACAUAGGUGCAUUUCAUGAUUCAGUAGGCACAAUGUUGUCUUAAAUGAGCUUUAGUGAUUGCAGGCAUAUGCACUCUCAUCCAUUCCAUUUCUAGUGUUUAGUUUCAUUCACAAAUAAAAUAAUUUUGAUUACCAUGGACAGCCACUUCAUAUUUUGUACAUGGUGAAAAAUUUAGUAUAAAUUGUUGGUUGAAGUUUAUUUUACUCUCAAACACAGAAAAUAGUGAGCACCUGAAAAGUAUUCCAAAUGCAUAUUGUGUUCCACUAAAUCAAGCUGGAGAUCAGGACAUGUGAGGAUUAACCUCAAAGUAGUUUUUUGUUCAUGGCUUUUUGAGUUUCACAGUGAUCUUUGCUGCCCUUGUUCCUCUUCCAUCGAUGGUUGCCCCAGUCUGUAAUGUGUUUUCUUUAUAUUGUAUUACUUCAAAAUGGGGUUAAAAUCUCCCAACUUUUAAUAGCAACUUAUCAAUCAAGAUUUGAUAUCUUUAUUACUACUAGAAGAUAGAUUAGCUAGAAAUCUACAGCGUUAGGUUUGAAAUAUGAAUGACAGUUUUACUGUACCCUUAAUAUGGACAUAAGUGGUUUGUAAUCUUCACAUCAGAAUGUUGCCAAAAAUUUUUUUUUUGCAUUCAAACAAAGGUUGGUGUUAAACAAGAUGCACUUUAUGUAGCAGUGCAUAGUUUGUAAUUGUAUGAUUGAAAUAAUUUUGCCAAACACAAUGGGUUUACUUGGUGAUAGUGAAGUUAGAAAUGUUAAAAAAGUUUUUGUGGGUAGAUCAAAUGAGAGAAUAACGUAUACUAAUAUAGUUGUACUUUUUGAAACAACAAUAAGACAUUACAGUACUGUACAGUCCUAUGUUUCCCAUUUAUAGAGUUCAAGUAUACUGACAUUAGUAUGGUUAAGAGAAUUAGUUGUAAUUAGGUUACUUGCCCUCCUAAGUAGACAAUGAAAUGAAUGGAUCUUAAAAAAGAAACCAGAAUGUUGUCUGUUUUUGUUUUCUACCUUCCAGAUAUAAUUGCAUUGCAAUUAAGUAUUUUUCCAAACUUUCUGUAUCUGUAAAAAUAUUUGUGUUUAAGAGUGUAACAACCCAUUCACCUGAUUAACCCAAGUCUUAAUUUCAACUGACAAACCCAUAAACAAGGCUUUUGUUUUUGUCACUUGGUAUAUAUAUAUAUAUAUAUAUAUAUAGUUAAUGGAAGGUUUUAUUUGGGAUGUGCUUUGUUUGAAGUUGCCACCUGAAAGUUGUUGGUAGUUGAUAAAGAUAAGAUUCUUGUUAUAUUGUAAAUAAUCAUAUGUUUUUGAAAAAAUUAGUGUACACUCUAAACUCUGUUUUGUUAAGAUCAGAUAAAUAAAUAAAUAAACUUUAAUAGCUAACACAA